GGAAGGUGGUUUAAAGCCGAAACUUGAGGGAGUAUGGGUGAAAUUCGGCUAUAACUUACAAGGCUUUGGAUCGAUUACCCUUCAGUGUGUUUUUAUCACGUUCGAAUUAAGGGGUUGCCCACCAUCGACUCAGGCUAUUACCGUUUCUUUUUGCAUCGAUCAGGGAGUAGAAGGGGUGUCGGGCAGUAGAAACGAUCGCAAGGAGGGUGGGAAAGAACUCAUCGGCAACGCAAGGCAGGAGGUUGUGAAAAUUGAUGGGAUUUUCUGUGCAAUUGAAGUGUUAUGAUUGAUUCUUCUUGUUUGUAAGGGUUUGAUACCUCAGUUCAUACAAUAUUUGAAGAGUAGAGAGGACACGUUUUUGGCAAUGAUGUUACAAGGGCAAAAUAGUCAUUUUUCACAGUCAGUCAGAUGCAAAAUCAAACAACAAGUUUCAUUCAGAAGUUAACUCGGUUAGAACUUCUAACCCAGUACACACUUUUUUUUAUAUUCUUUGUUGGUGUGUAAUUGUUUCUGGCGUUUAGUUCAAGCUAGAGCUACUAUGAUUAUCGGAAAUGGCUUUUGAUCAAAUUUGUGGUAGAAAUCUCCAAAAACUCAUACGUUUCUCUUCAAAGGUUCCCUUCUUUUCACUCAUAAACCAAUACACACUAAAUUGUCUACACAUCCAAAAGCACAACUACACCAAUGUAUACAUGAAAUGGAAAAAAGAUUCAUACUUGGACUCAAUUGAUACGAUCCACAAAUCCAUUGAACUUAAACCAAUACUUGCUCUUAAGAACUGCAUCAUUGCCUCUCCAGAAGGAUGCAUACCCAUCUCCGAUGUUUCAAAGAAAGGCUUACAAUUAGAUGUACCCAUUAAAGUUGCUAGGUUUCUUAGACUUUACCCUUCUGUUUUCCAAGAGUUUAUCGGACCCAACUACAAUUUGCCAUGGUUUAGGUUAACCCCAGAGGCUGCUAUGCUUAAUGAUGAAGAACAAGCCGUUUAUAGGGAUUAUAAGGUCGAUUUACAAGAAAGGUUGAAGAAAUUUAUACGUAUGAGCGUUGAAAAUACGUUGCCAUUGAAGAUAAUUCAAGGUAUGCUAUGGUACUUGGGGUUACCAAAUAAUUACCUGGAAGAAAAGAAUCUUGAUGGGUGUUUUAAGGUAGUUGAAAUGGGCGAUGGGUUGAAAGGGUUAUCUGUUGUGAAAACUGAAAAAGACAAAAAGAUAUUGUCUUUACUUGAAAGGAAUGCAUUGAGGAAUGGAGAGGGUAUUUCAAUUCCAUUGUUUCCAUCUAAAGGUUUGAGGUUGAAGACAAAGAUUUUGGAUUGGUUGGACCAUUUUCAGAAACUUCCAUAUGUUUCACCAUAUGAGGAAUGCCCUCGGGAUUUGUAUCCAGAUAGUGAUGUGGCUGAGAAACGUGUUGUGGGUGUGCUCCAUGAGUUGCUUAGUUUGUUUGUUGAACAUUCUGCAGAAAGGAAGAAGCUUUUAUGCUUGAGAAAGUAUUUGGGAUUGCCACAAAAGGUUCAUAAGGCGUUUGAGAGACAUCCCCAUGUGUUUUAUCUAUCUUUAAGGAACAAAACAUGCACUGCAAUAUUAAAGGAAGCGUAUUAUGAUGAAACAGCCAUUGAGGUCCAUCCUCUUGCCCAAGUAAGAGCAAAGUACAUUGAUUUGGUGAAGGAAUCGAAAGGUAUUUUGAAAAACAGAAGACAAGGGAAUAGAGAUUUGAAAGGCGAAGAUGAACUCAUGAUAAGUUAGUUUUCUUAUAAGUCGAGGCUAUUAGAUGAGUUGAUAAGGAUUGAUUAUGAUAGGUUAUGUUUGUUUUUAAGUCUUGAUAGGUUGGUUGCUCUUUGAUCCCACUUUUCACUCACAUUAUUUAGUUCUAUAGAGAAAUAAACAAGUUUAGAUAAAUGAAAAUUCUUAAAUUUUGUUUUUUUAGAAUAAGUAGCUUUAUGAUGGUUGCUUUGGUAUUCAGAUUGUAAGUUGUUGAGCUUUGAUAUGAAUGUGAUUUUCAUUUGAA